CGGAGGGUUGGACGCGCGCGCUCGGCUCCUCCCUUCCCCACUCGCCGAUCGGCAAAGUAACUCUCGUGGACUAAGUGCAGCCGCCGACGCCAAGUGCAGGCGCGCCUGGCUCGGGAUUGCCCCUGGAAGGCGGGGAGGGAGCACUCCGGCGUAGACACCGCGGAGAAGAAAGGCAACCCUGUUGCUGUUCCGGGCUCUCCGUGGCCCCCCGCCCCAGCCCCCGCCCCCAUUUCAUCUAGGCAACAGGAGGAUCCGGACUGGCCAGGAAGACGUGCUUUCCUCGCAGCUUCGGGAGAGAGCGCCCGAGUUGAGUGAGAGACUCCUCGCAAAAGUUCUCCAAAGUCAGCAUGGCCCCGGCGGUUGGAGCUGUUGGUUUGCUGGCGGCGCUCGCCUCCUUCGUCGCCCCCUCGGCUGCCCUGCUUGGAGUGGCCCGUGGGCAGUUCUCGGCAGGGGGUUGCACCUUUAAUGACGGUCCAGGGCCCUGCGAUUACCACCAAGACCCAUAUGACGACUUCGACUGGGUUCAUGUUAGUGCUCAAGAGCCUCACUACUUGCCACCUGAGAUGCCUCCAGGGUCGUACAUGAUAGUGGAUUCUUCACACCACAGCCACGGAGAGAAGGCUCGACUUCAGCUUCCUACUAUGAAAGAGAAUGACACACACUGUGUUGAUUUCAGCUACCUUUUGUACAGCAAAAAAGGGGUGAGCCCUGGAACUCUGAACAUAUUGGUUAGGGUAAACAAGGGCCCCCUGGCAAAUCCCAUUUGGAAUGUGACCGGCUCCACAGGCAAAGACUGGCUACGGGCAGAACUGGCCGUCAGCACCUUCUGGCCCAAUGAAUACCAGGUAAUAUUUGAGGCCGAAGUCUCAGAUGGAAGAAAUGGCUACAUUGCCAUUGAUGACAUCCAGGUUCUGAGUUACCCUUGUGAUAAAUCUCCUCACUUCUUGAGGCUUGGGGAUGUGGAGGUGAACGCAGGCCAGAAUGCUACAUUUCAGUGCAUUGCUACAGGGAGGGAUGCAGUGAAUAACAAGUUAUGGCUCCAGAGACGAAAUGGAGAAGACAUUCCUGUGGCCCUAACUAAAAACAUAAAUCACAGACGAUUUGCUGCUACCUUUAAACUUCAGGAAGUGACAAAAACAGAUCAGGAUUUAUAUCGCUGUGUUACUCAGUCUGAGAGAGGAUCUGGAGUCUCCAACUUUGCUCAGCUUAUUGUUCGAGAACCACCUCGACCAAUAGCACCCCCACAACUGCUUGGAGUUGGACCAACUUACUUGCUGAUCCAGUUGAAUGCAAAUUCCAUUAUUGGAGAUGGGCCGAUUAUCCUAAAAGAAGUGGAAUACCAUAUGACAACUGGGACCUGGACAGAAACCCAUGCUGUAAAUGCACCAACUUACAAGCUGUGGCAUUUGGACCCAGACACAGAGUAUGAAAUUCGUGUUCUUCUAACCAGACCUGGAGAAGGUGGCACUGGUCAACCAGGUCCUCCGCUUAUCACCCGGACCAAGUGUGCAGAGCCUAUGAGAACACCGAAAACUUUGAAGAUCGCUGAGAUCCAGGCCCGACGCAUUGCUGUGGAUUGGGAAUCUCUAGGUUACAACAUUACUCGCUGCCACACUUUCAACGUCACGAUCUGCUACCAUUACUUCCGUGGCCAUAAUGAAAGCAAGGCAGACUGCUUGGAUAUGGACCCCAAAGCACCUCAGCAUGUGGUGAACCACCUGCCGCCGUACACUAAUGUCAGCCUCAAAAUGAUCCUGACUAAUCCUGAGGGCAGAAAGGAAAGUGAAGAGACAAUAAUCCAAACGGAUGAAGAUGUGCCUGGUCCUGUACCAGCAAAAUCACUAAAAGGAACUCCCUUUGAAGACAAGAUCUUCCUAAACUGGAAAGAACCUAUGGAUUCAAAUGGGAUCAUCACACAGUAUGAGGUCAGUUACAGCAGCAUAAGAUCAUUUGAUCCCACAGUUCCAGUGGCUGGGCCAGCUCAAACUGUGUCAAAGCUAUGGAACAGUACACAUCAUGUAUUUUCCCAUCUACAUCCCGGGACUACCUACCAGUUUUAUAUAAGGGCCAGCACAGUCAAAGGAUUUGGGCCAGCAGCGGCAAUCAAUGUAACCACCAAUAUUUCAGCUCCCACAUUACCAGACUAUGAAGGUAUUGAUGCAUCUUUCAAUGAAACAGCCAUCACUGUGCUUCUGAGACCAGCACAAGCCAAAGGAGCUCCUAUCAGCGCCUAUCAGAUUGUUGUUGAAGAGCUGCAUCCUCAUCGGACAAAACGAGAAACAGGUGCAAUGGACUGCUACCAGAUUCCUGUCACAUAUCAAAAUGCUCUGAGCAGUGGCUCGCCAUAUUAUUUUGCUGCAGAAUUGCCACCUGGUAACCUUCCUGAACCAGCUCCUUUCACGGUUGGUGAUAACAGAACUUACCAAGGCUUCUGGAACCCACCGUUGGCUCCCCGUAAAGGAUAUAACAUCUACUUCCAAGCCAUGAGCAGUGUCGAGAAGGAGACCAAAACUCAGUGUGUUCGAAUUGCUACCAAAGCAGCAGCAACAGAAGAACCAGAGGUAAUUCCUGACCCAGCUAAGCAGACAGAUCGUGUUGUGAAAAUAGCAGGGAUAAGUGCAGGAAUUCUGGUCUUCAUUCUCCUCCUCCUCCUUGUCAUAUUAAUUGUCAAAAAAAGCAAACUUGCCAAGAAACGCAAAGAUGCAAUGGGAAACGCCAGGCAAGAAAUGACCCAUAUGGUGAAUGCAAUGGACAGGAGUUACGCUGAUCAAAGCACGCUUCAUGCAGAGGACCCUCUCUCGGUCACCUUUAUGGAUUCCCAUAACUUCAGCCCCAGAUUGCCCAAUGAUCCACUUGUGCCGACUGCUGUGUUAGAUGAAAACCACAGUGCAACAGCAGAGUCAAGUCGUCUGCUCGAUGUGCCUCGCUACCUCUGCGAAGGAACAGAAUCCCCAUACCAGACAGGCCAACUUCAUCCUGCUAUAAGAGUAGCUGAUUUGCUGCAGCAUAUCAACCUCAUGAAAACAUCCGACAGCUAUGGUUUUAAAGAAGAAUAUGAGAGCUUCUUUGAAGGACAGUCAGCUUCUUGGGAUGUGGCAAAAAAGGAUCAAAACAGAACAAAGAAUAGAUAUGGAAACAUUAUUGCAUAUGACCACUCCAGAGUGAUAUUACAACCUGUGGAAGAUGAUCCUUCUUCAGACUACAUUAAUGCUAAUUACAUUGAUGGAUACCAAAGGCCAAGUCACUACAUUGCAACCCAAGGUCCAGUCCAUGAAACAGUGUACGAUUUCUGGAGAAUGAUAUGGCAGGAACAAUCUGCGUGUAUUGUUAUGGUUACAAAUUUAGUUGAGGUUGGACGGGUUAAAUGCUACAAGUAUUGGCCUGAUGACACUGAAGUGUAUGGGGACUUCAAAGUUGCUUGUGUGGAAGUAGAACCGCUUGCUGAAUAUGUGGUCAGGACAUUUACCCUUGAAAGGAGAGGUUACAAUGAAAUCCGUGAAGUUAAACAGUUCCACUUUACUGGCUGGCCAGAUCACGGAGUCCCUUACAAUGCAACAGGCCUUCUUUCAUUUAUACGCCGUGUUAAACUCUCCAAUCCUCCUAGUGCCGGGCCUAUUGUUGUGCAUUGCAGGUGUGUAGAGAAGAGUGCUGGAGCUGGAAGAACUGGCUGUUACAUUGUCAUUGACAUAAUGCUAGACAUGGCAGAAAGAGAAGGCGUUGUGGACAUCUACAAUUGUGUCAAAGCAUUACGCUCACGCCGCAUCAAUAUGGUACAGACUGAGGAGCAGUAUAUCUUUAUUCAUGAUGCAAUUUUGGAAGCCUGCUUAUGUGGUGAAACUGCCAUCCCGGUCUGUGAAUUCAAAGCUGCAUAUUUUGAUAUGAUUAGAAUAGACUCUCAGACAAACUCUUCACAUCUCAAAGAUGAAUUUCAGACCCUGAAUUCAGUGACUCCUCGGCUGCAAGCUGAAGACUGCAGCAUAGCAUGCCUGCCAAGGAAUCAUGACAAGAACCGCUUUAUGGAUACGCUGCCACCUGACAGAUGCCUGCCUUUCUUAAUUACUAUUGAUGGAGAGAGCAGCAACUACAUCAAUGCUGCCCUUAUGGACAGCUACAGACAACCUGCUGCUUUCAUUGUCACACAGCACCCUCUACCAAACACUGUGAAAGAUUUUUGGCGAUUAGUAUACGACUAUGGCUGUACCUCUCUUGUGAUGUUAAAUGAAGUUGAUUUAUCACAGGGCUGUCCACAGUAUUGGCCAGAGGAAGGAUUGCUGAGAUAUGGCCCCAUCCAGGUGGAAUGCAUGUCUUGCUCAAUGGAUUGUGAUGUAAUAAACAGAAUUUUCAGGAUAUGCAAUUUAACAAGGCCUCAGGAAGGCUAUCUGAUGGUACAGCAGUUCCAGUAUUUGGGAUGGGCAUCUCACAGGGAUGUGCCAGGCUCCAAACGGUCGUUCCUGAAGUUAAUUCUUCAGGUUGAAAAGUGGCAAGAAGAAUGUGAAGAAGGAGAAGGCAGAACUAUAAUUCAUUGCCUGAAUGGUGGUGGACGAAGUGGAGUGUUCUGUGCCAUAGGCAUAGUAGUGGAAAUGCUUAAAAGGCAAAAUGUCAUCGAUGUUUUCCAUGCAGUAAAAACUUUGCGGAACAGUAAGCCAAACAUGGUAGAAACACCGGAGCAAUAUCGUUUCUGCUACGACGUUGCACUUGAGUACCUCGAAUCAUCUUAGUGAGAAAAGGGUGGAUGCAAUCAAGUGAACCAAAUAAUAUGGAAUUUAAUAAACUGUUUUGGCAUCAGCUGUUGAACCUGUGAAGAAAGAUUUUAGUGAAGAGGGAGACUUAAUUUUUAAAUGCAAAAAGUAUUUUUCUUAAUAAAUGGUGUAUCUUAAUUAUAUAUAAAUAUACAUAUAUAUAUAUAAAGAACUGUUUCUAUGCCUGUACACAGUAUGAACAUAUAGUGCCACAAAACUAAAGAAGAGCAGAGACAGAGCUCGUCUGCUGUUCGAGGUAGGAUUUUUCCAGUGUUUGUAUAUUCAGUUGUUUCUCGGUUACAUUAGAACCACCAUCUGUUGCAUGUAUCUAUUCUAGUCAACAUUUUAUUUCCCUUUCGUUCUUAAUUUUAUAAACUGUUAAAAGUAAAACAAAACUGUGCAGAUUGAUAGUCUCUAUAGGUUUCAUGUGUUGCAAGAAAAAUAUAUAGAGAGAUAUAUAUGUAUGAUAACUGGCUUAUUUUGUUUUAAUGUGCAAUGACAGCCUGAUCAAAGUUCUUUAUAAAGAAAUCUAAACAUAAGCCAAAGACUCAAGUGUAAAUAUGUUGAUAUGGAGGGGGGGGGGAAGCACAUUGUAUUUAUUGUUUACUGACAUUCCUUUUAUGAUGGCUGAACAAAACCAUUCUUUCUCAAAAUGCUUUUUUUUGUGUGCUGAAAUCAACUGUAAGCAAUUUUUUUGUAGCUUAUUUUUUGUAUGUUUCUGUGAAAGUAGACAAAGAGAGAGACUUUUAAUAGGUAGACCAGAAAACACUGGUAUGGUGAUUUGUUGUUGUUGCUGUAUACACACUUAUGAAUGAAUGAAUCCAUCAAAUGACUUUGUUGGAAAAGGUCUAAAUUAAAAGUUCUCUAAACAUGUAUAGUACCACCCCAGUCUAAUAAUCUGAAUCAAAUGUCAACUGCACACAUAUGGCCUUGCUUAUGACUUGAACAAUGGUGGACAUAAUUCAAUUAAUUUUUUUAAAGGAACAAAUAGGUUAGUAAUAAAUGUGUGAAAUGCAGAGCAAGAAGAAAGGAAUGCUUGGUUUGAAAAACAAACCACAUUUCUUUCCCUGUUGACAGCCUGGAGGCAUCCCAGUCAGCCAUGCAACGCAGAAGUGCUUCAAUCUAAAUUCCUUCAAUCUAAAAUCCGUAAUUUAUCAGAAGGGGGAUUUUGGUGAAAUUCUAAUGGAUUUGGGUGUGUUUUGUUCUAAUUACCUGUUUGUGACCAUCCUUUCUUUCAUUCUGCAAAUCGUCUUUCCAGUGGUUUGCAUUCUACUGCCUUCUUGGGGGACUGAGUUUACUGAAAAUCUCACAAUGUCUUCAAAUCUGCUUUCUUAUAAGCACAGAAAGAUGGGGGGCUCUCCACUGUGUGCCUGACUGCUGUUGAUCCCCUCCCCAAAUUAUUUUUACUAUACUUUUUAUGAUUUGUUUUAAUAUUUUAAAAUUGCAAAGCGUUUGGGUGCUUCGGCAGAAGGCUGGUAUAUAAAUGCAAUAAAGAAACAGUAAAUGAAUGAUUUCUUUUAAACACAAAAUUAACAAGUUCACUGACCUCAGGCAUUCAGCUAGCUUCCCAACUUCCUGUUCUUCAAUUAAAGCUCAGGGGAAGAGGUCAUCAGAUUUUUUUCAAAAAAGGAAGUAAUGGCAGCCUGGAAAACCACAGAACACUGAAGCAAUGUAUAAUGGACGCAGAUGGGAGCCUGUUUUGCAGAAGAAGAAGAAAAAUUCAAGAAAUUGAAAUGCUUUUUCCACACAGCACUAUCCCCCACAAAUAACUAUAGCGGUAUUAUGAAAUGUUUAUUACAGGCAAUAUACAACUCAUUUGCGAAAAGACUGGCUGCAGUAAAAACUUUCAGAACACCUUCAGCUGUGCAUGCAUUUUAUCUCCACUGGUUGUCUAGGAUUGUGUUGAUAGAAGCUUUGUGUUGUGACAAAGCCAAAAUGGAUUGAAUCAAUUCAAGAUUAGGUUGUAGUCUUGGUAUGCAAACUAUCCAUGUUUUUACUUUUAUCUUCCUAUAUGCACAUUCUUAAGCCUGGACGUAUUUUCCUAACAAAAAUCAUUCCUGUUUCUUGUUGAUUUUUUUUAUCAAGAGUAAAUUACAAGGUGCUUAUAAAUACUCAUGUAAAGAAAGAGUGAAUUAAAGAAGUUUUAUAAAAUGCUGAGUUCAUAUUAUUUCCUGUUUUGACUGCACUAAUCAUUUUAUUUGAAAGUACUGUGUAGCAAAAUUGCAACCAUUUUUAUUCAAGGUUAAUUAAUUCAGAAUAACAAAAUUAUCUUAGUAGUGGUGAAACUGGUUGUAAAACUGUGGUGGAAAUGUGUUAAAAGGUUGUCCCUGUUUGUAAAGCUACCCUAAACAUACAUUUAUCUUGGCCCUAACAUUGCCUUCCUUUUCUCCUUUGCAUCAGAUAUAAAACAGAAAGCACUUAAGAUUUGAAAAUAUAUUAUUUCAUAUCCACUAAACUCAUUCUUGUUUGUCCAUAAAGUUGCAUGUUUGCCCAAACUAGAGUAAUGUUCUAGUAAUGUUCUGGUUACAGGUA